AUGUAUCAUAGCUUGCUGGUCUUCUCUGUUUUUCUAGCGGUGGUGACAGCAGGGCGCUCGCCACAUGCUGAUUUGGUGGACAAACUUGAAAGAAGCCCGGAAGGCGGUAGAUAUUCGUCCAAUGUUUUUGAAGACGGCAGGCUUGAUCUGAUUUACUUCUUACUGCAGGAAAGUGUAAUAAGAAAAUAUCAGUACCCCUACGAAUCCCACCAUGUAGUGACGGAGGAUGGAUAUGUCCUGGGAGCCGUCCGUAUCCCGCAUGGGAGGGAUCAGAAUAACCAGCCAGGGUCCAAGCCAGUGGUCCUGAUAUUCCACGGUCUCCUCUCUUCUUGUGCUGACUUCGUCAUGUUGGGACCAGGCCAUGCUUUAUGUACAUAUGUGAUAUCUCUUCCAGCUUACAUGCUCGCCGAAGAAGGAUACGACGUGUGGCUUCUAAACGCCCGUGGCAAUUUCCACUCCAGGAAUCACACAACUUUGGACCCUAACAGGCGAGGGGACCCCUCCUUCUGGGCGUUCAGUUGGGAUGAAAUCGGCCGAUUAGACCUUCCAGCAUACAUCGAUUAUAUCUUAGAGGUCACGGGACAAGAGAAGGUCCACUUAAUUGGUCAUUCCCAAGGAUCGACUGCAUUCUUAGUCUGCAUGUCGAUGAGACCUGAAUAUAAUGAGAAGAUCAUCUCUUUCCAAGGUUUUGCUCCGGCAGCUUUCUUUUACAAUAAUAGGAAUCCCGUCUAUCUAAAUAUUGCUCCGUAUGAAAGGGUUAUAGAAGUAAGUGGAAGGUCACUCGCUGGUCAGCUAGGCAUCUACGAAAUCUUGGGCAGGAACGACUUGGUCACGCGAUUGCUCAUGCAAGUGUGCCGUGACGGACUCUUCACACAAGCAAUCUGCAGGCUGCUCAUCCAAUACGACCGGAAUGAUGGUAUUUUUAACACGUCAUACGUAAAAACGAAGCAAAGCAGUUACGAGUAUAAAGAAGAGAAGAAGAAGAAAAGGAAGGAAGGGGAGAAGAGAUACAAGAAGUUAUUCUCGAACCCGUGCACCCGGGUAUGUUCAUGA